AUGUCGUGGGUCGCCAAAUCAUCGUCGGUCCUGGCCAAGAGCUUUGGUCAGAGACUGUUUCAGAGCGGGAGCCCUUCGCUGCUUGCUUUGAGAUACAAUUCUACCGCGGCUUCACCCAAACCAUCUUCUGCAUCUACAACCCCGUCUACAGCGUCGAACCAGCCGUCGACUGCCAAAUAUCUCGUAUCAUUAACAGAAAAAGAACUCGGUGAAGAGGGCAUUACUCGUGAGAGUGCCGAUAAAGAAGCUCAACAGUGGAUCGAUGCGCUCAAUGAGGUCCGUAACGAAUUCUAUGCCGAGGGUGGGUUCAGUCCUAAUAAAACAUUUGCUCCUCCCGGAUCGACUGAUUUCCAGUUUUUCCGCGAUGUUCCUCGUGAAACCCCUCGUUCGUUUGAACUGACUGCCGAACAAAUGGAACAGUAUGAACGAAUCAAGGAAAAGGCCAUUCCUGUUAGAAACGACCCUACUAUCGAGUAUCUCACUAAACUCAUCAUGCGCCAUGGUCUUAAGGCCCGCGCUCAAAAAUACAUGUCACAGGCUCUUUACCUUGUCCAUCUAAGGACUCGUCAGGACCCUGUUGCCCUGCUUAAAGACACUCUUGAGAAAAUGGCUCCUCUUGUCAAACUAAAAAGAUAUACUGACGGAGGUGCCCGUGCAGAGAUGAUUCCCGUGCCAUUAUCAGAACGUCAUAGAUUACGUCAGUCGUGGCUCUGGCUUUUAGAGUCGUCUCGCAAGCGACCCAGUAAAGACUUCUCUGUACGAUUAUCCGAGGAGAUCCUGUCUGCCAUCCAAGGCAAGUCUCCCGGUUUCGAAAAGCGAACCCAACAGCACAAACUCGCCAUCGUCAACAGAUCUUAUGUUUCUCUCAUGACCAGAAAGCGCUAA